GGAUCCUUAUAUUUCCCAAAAGGCCAUUUUUGUCAUUUAAACAAAACAAAAAUAUUUCUCUCCGUCUCCCUCUCUGUAGUACUUCGAAAGAAGAAAGAAGAAAAAAGUAAAAGGAAAAAAAGAGUAGAGAGAGCCAAGCAAGCAAGCAAGCAAUCCCUAGAAUCAGUUAUUCUCUCCAGAAAACCCCCAAAUACGUUAUCUAUAGAUUUAGGGUUCAGAAUGGUGGAUUCAUUACCUAAAGGUAUGAAAUUACUAUCCCAACUCAUAUAAUUUGUGUGAAUUUAGGGGUCUGAGAAUCAUUUUCUCGGUCCCCAAAUAUAAUGAGCACCAAAUAUCUGCACACUCCAUUUUUAGGGUUCACCUUGAAUGGAAAAACCAACAAGAAUUCAUCAAUUGGAGGUAAGACAGGAACUAGGUCUUCAUCUUUCCCUAAGUAUAAAUGUGCAAAGCAAGACCAUGACAAGGGUCAUGGUAAAGGGCAAGGACAAGGGCCUUUGUUUUCACAUUUUGGUUGGGGAAACUAUAAUAAGUUUAUAUCAGGGGAGAAAUUGAGAGAUAGGUUGAAAAUGAACUGUAUAGAAGAACGAUUCUCACGAAGUAAAGCUCUAGUUAAAUCAUUAGUCCCGUUAUGGAAUGAAGGAUUGGUUUUAAUUAGAUGUUCUAUUUUUGUUGCGGUGAUUUCUGCAAUCGGAACGUUGGUAUGGUAUGGCCAGUUAAAAGCUAAGAGUGUAAUUGAAGCCAAGUUAUUGCCUUCUGUAUGUUUAGUGCUGAGUGAGUAUCUUGAACGUAAGGUUGAUUUUGGUAAGGUGAAGAGGAUUUCACCUUUGGGUAUUACGUUGGAAUCUUGUUCGAUUGGACCGCAUUAUGAAGAGUUCUCCUGUGGUGAAGUGCCUACUAUUAAAAUUCGUGUUCGUCCAUUUGAUAGUCUUAGGAAAGGGAAGAUUGUGAUCGACGCAGUUUUGUCGCGGCCGAAUAUAUUGGUUGUACAGAAGGAAGAUUUUACUUGGUUAGGGAUCCCCUCGUCAGAUGGUGUGUUCAAUAGGCACUCUUCAGCGGAAGAAGGGAUUGAUUAUCGGACCAAAACCAGGAGAAUUGCUAGAGAGGGAGCCGCUGUUAGUUGGGCCUCUGAAAGGAAAACUGCAGCGAAGGAAGCUGCACAAAUGGGGUAUAUUGUUCCGGAACAUGCUUCUGGUUCGUCAGCUGGUGAGGUUUCCAAGGAGGGUGUUGUUCAAUUUGAUGAUAUGACAAGCUCGAAUUCAUUUUUUUGCGUGGAUGAACGGUUGCAUAGGAGGGAUCAUAAUUCCAUGGAUCCAGGUGUUGAAUAUAGCUUGAAACAUGGGGAUUUGGAAAAAUCACUUGGAGUUGAACUACCUGGGUCGGGGCUCAAAUUAUGGUCUCGAAUCAUAGCCGCUCCUUUAAGGCGCAGAUUCAAAAGGAAGGGUCGUCAGAAAGAUAUCUCCAAGGCUUGUUUUUUAGCUAAAAAAAGAAAUCUUGAGCAUAGUGCUGUAGCUGCAGUUGCGCAUUUCCAGGGUAUAGAUGGUAGGAAAUCCAGUGUCCCUUCUCAGUUGGGAGGAGCACCUUCAUCUGGAAGCAGGGAUGCUGUCGAACUUGAAGCAAUUGUGUCGAAAGGUGGGGAUGCAAGUGAUUCAAACAAAAAGACAGCAAAUGAGCAUGAACCAGUUGUCACGAAGAUGGAAAAACAUAGCAAGUCAGGAAACUCUGGAAUAACUGCUGAGUUUUCUAAACCGGAUGGAAAGAACGGUUUAUUUAGAAAUAUGCAGGAUGAUCAUGGUUAUGCAAGCAAUACUAGUGAUACAACAAACAAGGCCCAAACUGAUAAUCUCAGCUGUACAACUGAUCCAUCUCUAAGUAUUGGAAAACACAGUACAUUAAAAUCAUCUAAUGAACAUAUACCUGGGAGUAGCACUUCUGCCGAAGCAGAGAAAACACUUAGUUAUGAUGUAACUGAUGGGGUGCCGAGAAUAUUUGACAAUGAGGAUAGUCAUUUCAACUCUAGAAUCAGGUCCAAAGGUUUGCAGAAACUGGGGUCUGUUGAAGAAAGAUCCGACGGCCACAACAGAUAUUCAUUCCUGGCUGCAAGUUCUGUAAAGCUUGGCCCCUGGGUAUUGACAAACCGUUGGGUUCCCAUUUGGCCCUUGAGCCUGAAAUCAGGAUUUCCCUCCUUUUCGAAGGAUUUUGGAGAAUUAUUAUCUAGUUAUUUGGGAGGUCAAAUGCAGAAGCUGAAGUCAUGUGUGAAUCUAAAACUUGAUGACCUUGUUGCCGAGCUUACUGAAGGAGUAGAAGAGAUCCAGCCUGUGGGCAUUGAGAAGAUGCUUCCAAUUACGCUGGAUUCUGUCCAUUUUUCAGGAGGAACACUAAUGCUACUAGGAUAUGGGGACGGCGAGCCUAGAGAGAUGGAGAAUGCCAGCGGACAUGUGAAAUUUCAGAAUCACUAUGGUCGUGUGCAUGUACAGGUGAGUGGGAACUGUAAGGAGUGGAGAUCAGUUACAACAUCCGAAGAUGGUGGGUCUCUGGCUGUAAACGUGUUUAUUGACACCGUUGAAGAUAAAUGGCAUGUCAAUUUGAAGAUCGCAGACCUAUUUGUUCCGCUUUUUGAAAGACUUUUAGAUAUUCCAAUCAUGUGGUCUGAAGGAAGAGCUAGUGGUGAGGUUCACAUUUGCAUGUCAAGAGGGGAGACUUUUCCCAAUAUUCAUGGUCAGCUUGACGUAAAGGGUCUGGGAUUUCAGAUUUUCGAUGCUCCUUCAUGUUUUUCAGAAUUAGCAGCAAUUUUAUGUUUUCGUGGUCAACGAAUAUUUCUACACAAUGCUAGGGGUUGGUUUGGCGCUGUUCCUGUGGAAGCUUCUGGAGAUUUUGGAAUUAAUCCUGACGAUGGAGAGUUUCAUCUUAUGUGUCAGGUCCCUAGCGUUGAAGUUAAUGCUCUUAUGAAGACCUUCAAGAUGAAGCCUUUGUUGUUUCCGUUGGCAGGUUCAGUAACUGCGGUCUUUAAUUGCCAAGGCCCCUUAGAUGCUCCUGUAUUUGUGGGGAGUGGGAUUGUUUCGAGAAAAACAAACUACUCAGCUCCUGACUUCCCAUCAUCCGAGGCAGCUGAGGCUAUGAUGAAGAGUAAAGAGGCUGGUGCUGUGGCAGCAUUUGACCGUAUUCCAUUGACAUAUGUGUCAGCAAAUUUCACUUUCAAUACCGAUAACUGUGUUGCUGACUUGUACGGAAUCAGAGCCACCCUUUUGGAUGGUGGUGAAAUUAGAGGUGCUGGAAAUGCAUGGAUCUGUCCAGAGGGUGAAGUCGAUGACACGGCAAUGGAUGUGAACUUUUCUGGAAAUUUGUCGUUCGAUAAAGUUAUGCAUCGAUAUGUACCAGGUGAAAUUCAGCUGAUGCCUCUCAAGAUAGGGGAACUAAAAGGAGAAACCAAACUUUCUGGGGCGCUUUUGAGACCGAGAUUUGAUAUCAAGUGGGCUGCCCCAAAAGCAGAAGGAUCCUUCACUGAUGCACGUGGGGAUAUUAUUAUUUCCCAUGAACAUAUUACUGUCAAUUCGUCAUCAGUUGCUUUCGACUUAUAUACGAAAGUUCAAACAUCUUACCCCGAAGAAAGCCGGUUAGACAGAAAACCUGAUGAUUUUAAGAGUGAUGUACCCUUGACCAUUGAGGGAGUUGAACUGGACUUCCGUAUGCGUGGCUUUGAGUUCUUCAGCUUGAUGUCCUCUUAUACUUUUGAUUCUCCAAGGCCUAUGAAUUUGAAAGCUACUGGAAGGAUCAAAUUUCAAGGAAAGGUUGUCCCCAUCUUUGUUUCUAAUACUAAACUGGCAGCAAGUGACGAGAAUGCAAGUACUCAGAUGAUGGACGAUGCAGAGGAAACUGGUCUUGUUGGAGAGGUUUCCAUCUCCGGUAUCAAGCUAAAUCAGCUGAUGAUAGCACCUCAAUUGGUUGGAUCCUUGAGCAUAUCACAUGAAAAGAUUAAGUUGGAUACCACAGGGAGGCCUGACGAGAGCUUGGCAAUGGAGAUUGUUGGUCCUCUACUCACUACAUCUAAGGAAGAGAACUUGCAAAAAGGAACAAUGUUGUCCCUUGCUAUUCAAAAGGGUCAACUUAAAGCCAAUGUCUGCUAUCAACCUCAAUAUUCAGCUAAUGUUGAGGUGAAACAUUUACCGCUUGAUGAGCUGGAGCUGGCUUCACUAAGAGGAACAAUACAAAGGGCCGAAAUCCAGCUUAAUUUUCAGAAAAGGAGGGGUCAUGGAAUGUUAUCUGUACUUCGCCCAAAAUUUAGUGGUUUACUCGGUGAAGCCCUUGAUGUGGCUGCUCGGUGGAGUGGAGAUGUUAUUACCAUUGAAAAGACUGUUUUGGAACAAGCCAAUAGUCGAUAUGAGCUCCAAGGAGAAUAUGUAUUGCCUGGACGGGAUCGUCACCCUACUGGAAAGGAGAGAAGUGGCCUGUGGGAAAGGGCUAUGGCAGGGCAUCUGGGUAGUGUAAUAUCUUCAAUGGGAAGGUGGCGGAUGAGACUAGAAGUUCCUGGAGCUGAAGCGUCUGAGAUGCUUCCACUUGCCCGACUUCUUUCUCGGAGUACAGACCCUGCUGUUCUCUCUAGAUCAAAGGACUUCUUCAUUCGCAAUUUGCAGUCGGUGGGAUUAAACGCAGGGAGUCUCCGUGACUUGCUGGAGCUUGUACGCAUAGAUCAUGCUCCAUUGGAUGAGGUUAUUCUCGAAGAUAUAAGCCUUCCAGGCUUGGCUGAAUUAAACGGCCAUUGGCGUGGUUGUCUUGAUGCUAGUGGUGGAGGCAAUGGAGACACGAUGGCCGAUUUUGACUUCAGUGGGGAGGAUUGGGAAUGGGGAACCUACAAAACCCAGAAAGUUUUGGCUGUAGGUGCAUACAGCAACAAUGAUGGUCUUCGCCUUGAGAAAAUGUUCAUUCAAAGAGAUAAUGCCACCGUUCAUGCUGAUGGGACUUUGCUGGGGCCAAAAUCAAACCUUCACUUUGCUGUUUUAAAUUUCCCCGUCGAUCUGGUCCCUACACUUGUGCAAGUCAUUGAAUCUUCUGCCACGGAUGCCUUACAUUCAUUGCGGCAACUAAUAACACCCAUUAAGGGUAUAUUACAUAUGGAAGGGGAUCUGAGAGGAAGUAUUGCGAAACCGGAAUGUGAUGUUCAAGUGAGAUUACUUGAUGGUGCUAUUGGGGGCAUUGAUCUUGGAAGAGCUGAAGUCGUUGCUUCCCUAACCUCAACCAGUCGUUUUCUCUUCAAAGGCAACAUUGAACCUGUUAUCCAAAGCGGUCACGUUCAUGUCCAAGGAAGUAUCCCGAUAACUUCUAUCCAAAGUAACAUGUUAGAGGAAGAAGAUAAAGAAAUUGAUAAAGGAGCAAUAUGGACACCAGGAUGGGCAAAGGAGAAAGAGUCAGUUGAUGAAAUUAGUGAAAAAAAAUCAUCAGAAGGUUGGGAUAUUCAGUUAGCUGAAAGUCUUAAAGGGUUAAACUGGAACAUAUUAGAUGCAGGAGAAGUUAGGGUUGAUGCAGAUAUUAAGGAUGGGGGUAUGAUGUUGUUAACAGCCUUAUGCCCUCAUGCCAAGUGGCUUCAUGGCAAUGCUGACAUUAUGCUCCAGGUUAGAGGUACAAUUGAACAACCAGUUCUAGAUGGAUCUGCGUCAUUUCACAGGGCAUCCAUAUUGUCACCAGUGCUCCGCAAGCCAUUAACGAACUUCGGGGGUACUGUGCACGUGAAUUCAAAUAAGUUAUGUAUCAGUUCUCUGGAAGGUAGAGUUAGCAGAAGGGGUAAGCUGCUUGUCAAAGGGAACCUUCCUCUAAGAACGAGUGAAGCCUUACCCAGUGAUAAAAUUGAUCUGAAGUGCGAGGUUCUUGAAGUAUUGGCAAAAAAUAUUCUAAGUUGCCAGGUUGACAGUCAGAUGCAAGUAUCUGGUUCCAUAUUGCAACCAAACAUUUGUGGAAUGGUGAAAUUGAGCCAUGGAGAAACAUAUCUGCCCCAUGACAAGGGUAGCGGAACUGCUGCCAUUAAUAGGUUGAAUUCAAAUCAGUCAAGCCUUACUACAGGAGGACAGAGUCGAAUGACUGCUUCUGGAUAUGUUUCACGAUUCUUCAGUUUGGAACCUGCUGCUUCACAGGCCAAAUCCCCUCCUCCUUCAGGAGAACAAGUGGAAGAUGAAGAGAAAAUGGAGCAAGCAAAUGGCAAGCCAAGAUUUGAUAUCCGUCUUACUGACCUAAAGCUGGUCCUUGGGCCUGAGUUGAGAAUAGUGUAUCCAUUAAUUCUCAACUUUGCUGCCAGUGGAGAAGUUGAGCUAAAUGGUGUGGCUCAUCCCAAAGGCAUAAAGCCCAAAGGAAUUUUAACAUUCGAUAAUGGUGAUGUGAAUCUUGUGGCUACCCAGAUGAGGUUAAAAAAAGAGCAUGUAAAUAUUGCUAAGUUCGAGCCUGAUCUUGGGCUAGAUCCCAUACUAGAUUUUGCUCUAGUCGGGUCUGAAUGGCAAUUGCGGAUUCAAGGCCGAGCUAGUAAUUGGCAGGAUAAUUUAGUGGUGACCUCAACACGCUCCGUUGAACAAGAUGUCCUCUCACCUACCGAGGCUGCUAGAGUCUUUGAGAGCCAAUUGGCAGAGUCUAUCUUGGAAGGUGAUGGUAAGCUUGCAUUCAAAAAACUCGCAACUGCAACACUUGAGACAUUGAUGCCGAGGAUAGAAGGAAAGGGAGAAUUUGGGCAGGCUCGGUGGAGGCUAGCAUAUGCCCCUCAGAUUCCUAGUUUGCUUUCUCUUAAUCCCACUGGGGAUCCUCUCAAAUCACUUGCGAAUAAUAUGUUUUCUGGUGCUGAAGUUGAGAUCCAUCUUGGGAAACGACUCCAGGCCUCAAUGGUGAGACAAAUCAAGGACUCGGAAAUGGCAACUCAAUGGACGUUAACAUAUCAGCUUACAAGUCGUCUACGUGUGCUCCUUCAAUCUGCUCCAUCCAAACGCCUCCUGUUUGAAUAUUCAGCUACAUCUCAGAACUGAUCCAGAUCAUCUGUCUGGUAAAGUUGGAAGCAACUCACAUUUUUCACCAGGAAAGGAAUGGCUCGAAACAUUUUGGGGAUUUGGGUCCUGUAAGUGCUCAGUCAAUCUCGUGUACAUUAUGGACUUACAGAACAUACAUCUUGUUCAGUUAAUCAUUUUGAUUGUAAAGUUAGAUGCUGUAAAUAUGAAAAGUAUCCAAGUUACUCUAGUGGUAGAAGUAAUAGUAAUAGUAGUAGAACAUUCUUUUGCUCAGUACAUACCGAGCUUGUCUGUAUCUGUAAGCUCUUAAAAUCAACUCAAUCAAUUCUUUCUUUAUAAAGAACGCUGUUCAUUAGGUUUUUGUUGCA